CUGCUUCACGUUUUUCGCAAGUUGAUGAAUUUCACCAUCUGGGCCCGGCGGAGUCUUUUAACGUUUUGAUCAUCAUUUUUUCCUAUUGAUGCCAAUUAAUUCUAAGGGUAUAUUCUUGUAGAGCAACCUGUGCUAUGCUCCAUAAAAUAAGAUAUUAAUAUUUUGAAUAUAAUGUUUUCAACUCUAGGAAAACAGGGCAAUUAUGAAUUGAAGUUUAGUGGUGAAAGUGUGAUACUUGCUGGUAGUGAUGUAAAACCAGGUGAAAAAAAUGUAGAAGAAUAUAGUCUUAAUACGGUUGCUAGUGGUCGAAUUUCAUUGGAUCGUCGUACACGUGAUACAAGACAUGAAUGUAAAUACUAG